UCUCCUUUCGCCAACCCAUUUUUGGACACCGCUCUGUCUCCGACACCGAGUGGCCCUUCUCCCAGUUUUGCCUAUAAAAAUCAGCUGAGCCCAGGCCACUGUAUCAGUAAAGGUUUAGAUCCAGUAUUUCUUCCCUCUUCUCCACUCGUCCGGUUGCCGGUUGAGCUCAGCACACAGACCAGCCUCCCCUCUCUCGUCGCCUCUCUGUCUCUCAGGAAAGGGCUCGUUUCGGUGCUCGAACCCAGUCCCCUCGUGGUGACAUCUCCAUUUUGCGGUUUUCUGUCCAGCCUCCUUGCGCGUCUGUACGGUUCCGCCGGCAUAGUCGGUAUGCCUUUCUCUCCCAAUCGGGUUUUAGCAUCGUUUGAGGCGUCUUCCCAUUUCGGGCAUUCUGCUCAGCCUUCGCAGUCGGAGCCGGACGUGAUACAACAAGCCCAAUCACAAUCGGGCAAUACAUCAAUGCAAAAUGCAGACGUAACUGACCGCAUGUGCGCAUCACGAUUUACAUUUGCACACGGGCCGACAUGUGUAACGACCCGUCUGCAGAAAGCCUCCUGA